GAGAAUCUUUCUCUGUCGUAUUCUCUGAUUUUUGUGAGUUUUAUAAACAAACUAAAUGAGUGAAGAAGCACUGAAACCUGAAUCAUUCCACUAAUCCUCAGCGAAGAUGCGUUCACCUCACCUAAUCGCCUUCUUCUUCAUCAUCAUCAUCAGUCUUUUCGUUAGUGCUUCGAAAAGCGACGAUGGGUUCUGUUCAGCGCCUUCGAUCGAGGAGAAGCCGAAACCCAUUUAUUGGAAAGUCACGAAUCCAACACUCUCUCCUUCUCACCUCCAAGACUUGCCAGGUUAUACAAGAAGUGUAUACAAACCAGACCAUGCGUUAAUAACACCGGAAAGUCAUGUGUACAGCCCUUUGCCUGACUGGACAAACACACUAGGGGCGUAUUUGAUCACACCUGCAAUGGGUUCCCAUUUUGUCAUGUAUUUUGCCAAAAUGAAAGAAAUGUCAAGUUCAAGUUUACCUCCAAAAAACAUAGAGCGUCUUGUAUUUGUGGUUGAGGGUGCUGUGACACUGACUAACACAUCCAGUUCCUCAAUAAAAUUGACGGUUGAUUCAUAUGCAUACCUACCUCCAAACUUCCAUCAUUCUUUGGAUUGUGCCGAGUCUGCAACACUUGUUGUCUUCGAGCGGAGGUAUGAACUUCUAGGGAGUCACACAACAGAGCUUAUCGUUGGCUCCACAGACAAGCAACCACUACUUGAUACUCCCGGUGAGGUUUUUGAGCUGCGAAAACUUCUUCCUGUCUCCCUUGCGUAUGACUUCAACAUCCAUAUUAUGGAUUUUCAGCCCGGAGAGUUUCUCAAUGUUAAGGAAGUUCAUUAUAACCAACAUGGUUUGUUGCUUCUGGAGGGUCAAGGCAUUUAUCGCUUGGGAGAUAACUGGUAUCCAGUUCAGGCUGGUGAUGUCAUAUGGAUGGCUCCUUUUGUUCCUCAGUGGUAUGCUGCGCUUGGAAAGACUAGGUCUCGGUAUCUGUUGUAUAAAGAUGUGAAUCGGAAUCCAUUGUGAUCAAAGAUCCAAGUGAAUUGGUGGGAAGUAUGGAGAAGGCUUCUUUGCACUAGAAGCCAGAAUCUUGUUCUUUAGGUUUCGGUCUUAAAAGCCUCAUGUGUAUUCCAAGCAUCAGCUACUUUUGUUUUGCAUGAAUAAAACUUAUUUGAAAUGUCAGUUGCCUCUACUCCUUUCGCCAUAGUUUUUAUAUCUCUUGUUUUCUUUGACGUGCAUAACCUAACCAGUUUUUCCAGGGAUAGUUUUUUCAUUCUAGAAUC